CAUACGUUUCCUGUUCCACGAAGUAUUCAACUUUCACUUUUAGAUAAAUAAAUUUUAACACGACCUUGGCCACAGGAGGAUAUAAAAUGCUAUGACUCAUGUUUACAUACGAGACACGGAAGACACCACCUUUUGCUCCAGUCAAGGUUUUAAUAAAUUGAGAAAAGACAUUUUAAAAUACGGUAAUCUUACUGUUGAAAUUGGGGCCAAUUGUAUUUGAAAAUUCUGCUUGAACUCCAGAUAUGAUAACCGAGGAACAAGAAAUGAACUUAUACACAAAACUGCGCAACAUCUUUCCAAACGUUGAUGCAGAGAGAGUCCAGCAGAUUAUGUCUGGUGUUAAGCAUAACCAGGAUGCAGUCACAGAGGAAGUUUUCUUUUAUCACUGUGUAAAUGAAAUCCUUGCUUCAGAUUCAGGUUUUAAGUGCCUUCUGACUACAGAUGAUGAUCGGACCAAUGGGAUAUCCGUCCAGAAUAAGGACACAGAAAGUACACAAAAGCGAAAGUUACUGCCUGUUGCCACCAUGGACUGUGACUCCUGGACUGAAGAAAAUACUGAGAAUAGUAGUCUGGGUCAGGAAACCAAAAGAAGGAAAGUCUUUCACAAUGCUGUGGAUUAUCUGCCAAAUGACUCACAGUCUGAGGAAUCAUGCAGAUCUGAGGUUCAGUAUUGUUCAGUUAGUUCAUUUGAUAUGGACACUUUGGCAUCAUUAAGUGAGAUGCCCGUCGAUAAGAUCCAUGAGAAAGAAAGUAAAGUUCACCAAGAAGAAGAUUCAGAUAGCAGAAUAAAGGAUUCGGAUUACAUUGAAGGCAACUUCCAAGGGAAAACAUUAUAUGAUGCUUGUCAAUUGGGAGAGGAAUCUUUGGCCAUCCAGUCUGAGGAAUCAACCGAUGAUGAUUUAGACCUGGAAGAGACGGAGGAUGAUGUAUACAUAAAAAUUUUGUUUGGCAUUCAUAAUCAAGACCUUGUGCAAGAAGAUGACAGGGACACUGAUGAAGUUUGUGAUACUGAAGACAUUUCUAGUGCCAGUUCUAUUGCAGAAAAAGAAAGUGCAAAACCUCAGCAGGUGGUAUGUGACAAAUGCAGUUUAUUUGCUGGACUGGACAGCCUGACUCAGCACAGAAACAAACACCUCCUAUGCAAAGCAUGUGUUAAAAAGUCAUCAAGUGAAACUUAUUCAACAACAGAGUCAAGGGAUGUUUCUUUGGACGAUAAUAAAGCAGACAGAAAUGUACCAAACCAAGACUAUAAACAUAAAGAAAAAUUAGGUGUCAUUCAAGGUGAAGACUAUGCACAGAACGUUGAAGAGAAUACGGAGCAAGUCUGUAAUACUGCAACAUCUGAAACCAGUUCCACUAGAAUCAAAAGCAUUGCAGCACCAGAAUUUGAAGUAGCUGCUACGUCAGUUGAUGAUCAUAUAGACCUCAAUGAAAUGGACAAAGAUGCCUCUAUCCAAAGCUGUGCAGAAGAAGAAAAAGAGGAUGUUAUUGAUGUUUCAGAGUUUCAGCAGCGCCUGCAGCUGUGUGGCAAAUGCAGUUCAUUGAUUGGACGGGACAGCUUUGCUCAGUGCAGAGAUGGUCACUUACUAUGCCAAACAUGUGUUGAAAUGUCAUCAAAGGAAACUUUAUUAUCACCUACAGAGGCUUAUAUCAAGUGUCUGGCACCUAAUUGUAAACAGACUGUUCCAUUACGAGAAGCAAGGAAAGUUUUGCCGUACAUUGUUAUGGAAUUACUGAAAGAAAAAUCAGAAAAGGAAACAUUCAAGUUAAUCAGCGAUAUGGACAUGAUGGUAUUAAGUCCUAAGGAAAUAGGAUUCCGUUUAAUCAACAGCAACAGCUCACAAAAAUACUGCCAGAUUUGCAAGAAAGACCUUUAUCAGUUUAGUCAUGUGUCCUGUGGGUCAAAAACCACUCAGGAAUGGUCUCCAGUGUCUGCUCCUCGAUACUGGGCGCCAUUUCCACCAAAUUUUCAACAGAAGUACUUGCUGGUUAAUGUACUUAGGGAGAGCAGAGAAUUCAAGAGGAUCCUUAGGAGGGUAGAGGUCACUUAUCCUAACUUUGGUUACAACAAUCCACAAAUUUCACGCAUACAAAAUGUGCAUCUCUGGGAAAGAUAUGCCCUAGCUCGCCAGCACAUGGUCGAUGAUUUUGGAAAGGGCCAGCUCAACGAAAAGUUACUCUUUCAUGGAACUGAGGCCACCUUUGCUCAUGACAUAUGUAGCGAGGGGUUUGACUGGCGCCUUUGUGGGCGCAAUGGCACAGUGUAUGGCAAAGGAUGCUACUUCGCAAAGCAUGCUAGCUACUCACUGAAGUUCAGUGACAGGAAUGAAGAAAAGGCCAGUGGAGAGUAUCUCUACGCUAUCAAGUACACACGCACCCUAGCAUUAAGUGUUCCUGCAUGGCUUCAGGUCUUGAACAAGCUUCCACACUCUGUUAUUCCACCUCCGUGUUAGACCUUGACCCAUUGCAGUCAGCAAAGACUCUUUUUGUGGCUCGGGUGCUGUGCGGUCGGACAGUGGCAGGGAAUAGCACAAUGACAAAACCGCCCAUCGACUCCGGCGACCCCAAACAGAGGCCGUACAACAGCGCUUGUGAUAAU